AUGAUGAUCUCUGCUUGGUGGUGGGCUCUUGCCUGCUACAUCUCUGCCGUAGAAGGCCGGGUAACCAGUCAUCUUUACCGGCAGCUCAACAGCAAUGCUCCCCCGGGCAUCACAUACACGCUGCCCAAAGGCUCCAAUGCUCUGAUUUCUGUCAAGAGCACCACCUCUUCAUCAAAGCCAUACAUCCAGAAGCUUGAGCCAAUCCGGAGCGGUUCUCUCACCAACAAACGAUCUGUGGCCGCCCUCUUGGGCACCCAUCAACGCAGUGUCGGAGGUGUUGGCUACAGCAAUGUUACGACAACAAAUGCUUAUGGAACACAAUACGCCACCGAAUCCUUUUGGGAUGGUAUCAAGGUCAAGCUCCUCCUCGACACUGGCAGCUCCGACACAUGGGCCGUGGCCAAAAGCUUUCAAUGCAUCGACUAUGCCGGCGGGUUUAUUCCCCAGGAUGCUUGCAGCUUCGGACCCUCUGCUGUCGAAAAGUUCCAGUAUGGUCGGACUGAGCCUGUCUCCCACAUGUACAUCCAAUACGGUGACGGCGAGACUGUGUCGGGGCCCAUGGGAUUCUCGGAUAUCAGUGUCGGCAACCUCACUGUUAACAGGCAACAGGUUUGUCUGGCGAAUAGCACAUACUGGCUCGGCAACAAUGUUACCAGUGGGCUGCUGGGUAUGGCGUUUCCUUCCUUGACCAAUGCCUACCUCGGUGAUGGCGACGAUCACGAGAUGGGGAGUGCCAUUCAAUACUCGCCGUUCUUUACUUCGUUGGUAGAACAGGGAAAGAUUGAUCCCAUUUUCAGUCUCACGAUCGACCGCAACUCUUCGUCCGGGAUUUUGGCUCUGGGGGGUAUCGCGCCUGCCACUGGGCUGGAUUUCACCAGGGAGGUGUCUAUGGACAUGAUCAUUACAAACCUCAUCGGAGUUCCGGCAGCAUCCUACUCAUAUUCCUUCUACACAAUCAUUCCUGACGGCUGGUACUAUGACCACACCACCAGCACCAAGAAGAUCCCGUACAUUGUUGACAGUGGGACCACAUUGUGCUAUCUCCCUCCCAAUCUUGCCGAAGCCAUCAAUUCCGCCUACUCCCCUCCGGCCGUCUACAUGUGGAUGUACGGUGCUUAUUUCACCGACUGCAACGCAGUUUCGCCCCUGGUCGCCGUCAUUCUCAACGGCAUCAAGUACUGGAUCAAUCCGCAAGAUAUGAUUUAUCGGAACAUGGUUGACCCCAUCUCUGGCCUGUGCAUGACGGGAAUCGCCAGUGGUGGUGCCGGGCCAUAUAUCCUGGGUGAUGUGUUUAUGCAGAACGCCCUCUCCAUUUUUGAUAUUGGACAGGCCAAAAUGAGGUUUAUCCCGAGAGAUAAGUACUGA